AUGGACCUGGCCCAAUACCUGCUGGCCCAUCCCGAAAUAGAACAUGGCGAUAUCCGUAUCCUCUUCACCCCCGACGAAGAAAUAGGACGCGGCGUGAAUGCAAUUGAUAUGGAAAAAUUAGGGGCUGAUUUUGGUUAUACCCUUGAUGGCGGCGAACGCGGUCACCUGGAAGGCGAAUCAUUUUCGGCGGAUGGCAUGACCGUCACCUUUCAUGGCGUGAGCGCCCAUCCCGGUUAUGCCAAAGACAAGCUGGCCAGUGCGAUCAAAGCUGCCGGACAUUUUAUAGACCUGCUGCCAGCAGAUGAGUGGAGCCCGGAAACGACGGAAGGCCUGACCGGUUUUGUACACCCCCUCGGCGUUAGCGGCACGAUAGAAAAAGCAAGUGUCCAGUUUAUCAUACGCGACUUCGAUACGCAGAUGCUGACCAUGCACGAAAACAGGUUGCGCACCAUUGCCCACAAGGCCUUAGAAAAAUUCCCGAAGGUGAAUGUAACCUUUGAUGUAAAAGAGCAAUACCGCAAUAUGCGCGAAAUGCUGGACCAAUAUCCGCAUGUAAUGGCUUAUGCCGAAGAGGCUUACCAGCGGGCCGGGCUUACCGCAGAACGUAUCAGCAUUCGGGGCGGCACCGAUGGUUCCAGGCUCUCUUUUAUGGGACUGCCCUGCCCCAAUAUCUUCACCGGCGAAAUGGGCAUUCACUCCCGUCAGGAGUAUGUGAGUGUACAGGACAUGGAAAAAGCGGUGGAAGUACUGGUGCAACUGGCCCAGGUAUGGACAGAAAAAAGCUAA